AUGAAUAUUGGUUUUCUGGUUCUUGAGAGUAUCCUGGCCAUAGCCAUUAUCACAAUCAACCUGCUAGUGUGUGUCACCAUCUAUCUGCACAAGGAAUUGAGAUGUAUCACCAACUAUCUGAUUGUCUCCUUGGCGGUGGCUGACCUUGGCGUGGGAGCUUUAGCCAUCCCCUUCUCCAUGGUGCUCAGCAUGGAGUAUACCCUGUGCUUCUACACUUGUCUCUUCCUCACUUGCUUCCCACUGGUCACCACCCAAUUCUCUAUCCUCCUCCUGCUGGUGAUUGCCAUCAAUACCCACUUGAAGAUCAAGCUGCCCAACAGCUACACCACACAUGUGAAAAAGCGCUGGGUGGUGAUCAUCGUGGUCUUCUGCUGGCUGCUGUCACUGUUAAUCGGCCUCUCCCCAAUGAUGGGAUGGAAUCGCUUUCAGCAAUAUGGGGAGACCGGUAAUGAGACCAUGGCUAUCAGCUUCCACUCAGAGAGAGCAGUCUUUGUUCUUGUAAUCCCAGAUAAACCUUCUGGACACUUUCUCUCUGAAGCCUAUCAAGAUCAAGAGAACCUGAGCUACAGCGACAGCCAAAUUGAACACUUGGGUCGCUGUUCUUUCACCUCCAUCUUUAGUCCUGAGUACCUGGUUUACUUCAUUUUCUUUACCUGCACUUUGUUGCCCUUGGCAGCCAUGCUGGGUAUCUAUGCUGACAUCUUUCGGGUAGUCCGAGAACAUUUCCGGUCACAGCCUCUUUGGCCAGCCAAGAAAAGGGAAAUGCAGAUGGCCUGUACCCUUCUGCUCCUGGUGGGUGUCUUCUUCGUUUGCUGGAUGCCACUGCAUAUGAUCUACUGUGUCCAGCUCCUGUGUCCUAGCUGUGAACAGUAUGAGUCACUGGAACACCUGGCGGUGUUGCUCUCGCAUCUGAAUUCUUUGGCCAACCCACUGGUCUAUGCUUUGAGGAAGAAAGACUUAGGACUUGCCCUACGAUCUGUCUUCCUCUACCGAGUCUUGCGCUGGCCCUCCAUGAAGACCUGCUGUGGUCCUAGUCCCAAAGUCCAUCCUCAGGCCUGA